AAUAUACUUAUAUUUAUAUAUUAAAAGUAUAUUCAUUUUAGAAAAUUUGUAAUUGUAGAGAAAAACCUUUGGAUCACCAGUAAAAUGGUUAGAUGAUGCCUCCUUAGGGUGCAAAAUAUACCUUACUCACUGUUCUGUAGAACUAAAAAGGUCACCAUACCAAAAGAGUUCCACAAUUAUGUCAAAGCUGUACAAUUAAACCAUCCAUCUGCUAAAAACCAUAGGACACACACCAGUCAUGGUAUACAUAUUUUACGAAACAGGGCGAUUUUCAAUUCCAUGCUUUCCACUUCGGCCAAUAAGCUAUAACACCAAAAUGCAACUAACAACAAAUGAGGGAAAGCACAAAGUCAGACAGUUGUAAAAUGAAUUGUUUGACCAUGUAAAUGUGUAAUUCUUCCAUUAUGAAAAACUACUAGUUAUUCUAAAAAACUACUAGCUACAUAGUUAUACAUGAACAGCACACCACACAUAUGUAAUCUGCAUAGAAUAUUAAAUAAUGUUCUGUUUGUAAGACCAUGUGCCAUUUGAAUGCACUUUGAGAAGAGAAAAGGGAGGAAACCAGGUUACAAAGGUGAGUAAGGGUGGGAAGAGGGAGUGAGGGGCAUAGGAGUGGUCAUUGAGAUCUGUCACUUGCAGUACCAAGAGACUACAAUUUAAAUUGACAAAAGCAACGAGAGCUCAGUCCUAACUUACUUUGCUACCUUCUGUGCUCUUUCUCUCCUCUCCUUUUUUACUUUGUUGAGAGCCCUACUAGGGUCCUUUUGUUACCGCCCCAGCCAAUGAAAGCGUUUAAUGACAGAGAACAGUUGGGAUAUAAAAAGCAGUCCCUCAGCCUAGAGCAUGGUCUGUGGUUGCCUACCCCUCCCCAUAGAGUCCUUCAGAAAGCAGCUGUCCUCUUUGCAGCAGCAACAGAACAGCCAGUAGCCCCACUCUGGACACUCAAGUCAAGAAAUGCUGUCUCAGCUGUGCCCUCUGUUCCUUUGCAUGCUUGUCCUGUCUGUGGAGUUCUCCAAAAGCAAAGGAGACACUAUCCUGCAGAAGGGAUCUCUGCAGGUGGAGCUCACAUUGGAUAAGAGUGAGGAGCAGGACUGCCCUGUAUGUCCAUGGAGGAAAUACAGCAAAGAAAUUAGAUUGGAGAGCAUCAAAUCUCAGAUCCUGAGCAAACUUAGGCUGAAAGAAGCCCCAAACAUCACCCGGGAAGUGGUGAACCAGCUGCUGCCCAAAGCACCCCCUCUUCAGCAGAUACUGGAUCAGCAUGAGUUUCAGGGAGACUCUUUCCAGCACAAAACUUUCCUGGAGGAGGAUGAGUACCAUGCCACUACAGAGACUGUCAUAAGCAUGGCACAGGAAACCGACCACGCAGUAAGAAUAGAUGGGAACCCACACUGCUGCUACUUUAACUUCAGCCCAAAGAUAAUGUUCACCAAGGUGGUAAAAGCACAACUCUGGGUAUACUUGCGGCCAAUUCAGCAUACCUCCACUGUGUACCUUCAGAUCCUACGACUUAAGCCUGUGACUGAAGAAGGGAGUAAACAUAUCCGUAUCCGCUCCCUCAAGAUUGACCUCCACUCCCGUUCAGGCCACUGGCAGAGCAUUGACUUCAAACAUGUACUGCAGAACUGGUUCAAGCAGCCACAUAACAACUGGGGCAUUGAGAUUAAUGCCUUCGACCCCAAUGGAAAUGACCUGGCUGUUACCUCUCUAGGACCAGGGGCGGAGGGACUGCACCCCUUUAUGGAGCUCCGUGUUAUGGAAAACAAUAAAAGAUCACGGAGGAACUUGGGACUUGAUUGUGACGAACAUUCCACAGAAUCCCGUUGUUGUCGUUACCCUCUUACGGUAGACUUCGAAGCCUUUGGCUGGGACUGGAUUAUUGCCCCCAAACGCUACAAAGCCAACUACUGUUCUGGCCAGUGUGAAUACAUGUUCAUGCAGAAGUAUCCGCACACUCACCUUGUGCAACAAGCCAACCCAAGGGGCUCUGCUGGGCCGUGCUGUACCCCUACCAAAAUGUCCCCCAUAAACAUGCUGUACUUUAACGACAAGCAACAGAUCAUUUAUGGCAAAAUUCCUGGUAUGGUUGUUGACCGAUGUGGCUGCUCUUAAGAUGCUGAACGCUUCCCACUCUCCCUCAAAUCCUCUUUCUCUCAAGGGUACAAACAGACCAAAAUUCGGGACUGGGGAUAGUGGAGUAUAAGCCUUCAAUGUCCCAUUCCCCUUACAGGUUAAGAUAAAGACUUAUCACUUUUUGCAUUUCAUUUCAAGCUUAUAGUUCAGCUCUUGCCCCUUGCAAUAAUUUGUGUUAUCAAACUGUUACUUAUAGCACCCAGAGAGCUGGGUCCCUAAACACCUAAAUAUCACAAGCAAAAGAUUAAACAGCAUCUCACACCAGGGUGUGCCAUAUUGCACUAUAAAUCACAGGCCAGCCUUUUGUAAUCCAAUUUAUUGUGCAAAUCAUCUGUAUGGUGUAAAGAGAACUGGAAUAAGCUUGGAAGAUUUUUGUUCAUUUUAAUCAUUUUAAAGACAUUUCUAGUCCAAAAGCAGCAUUAAACAGCUGUCAGAUACAAAAGAGCCAAAAGUGUCAGAUGUUUUGUACUCGACAGCUGUUUAUUUUACAGUGCCCAAAACAUUGUACAUAAACCAUGUAGUGAUGUAGUGCUCUCAAUAUGUCACACUCUGGUCCAGUUGGUUGCAUUCAUUCACUUGCACUUGUGCACUUCACCACUCACGCUAUUUCUAAUGGCUUUUUGCUCAAUAUUCACUGGAGUUUCCUUCCCUUAAUCCAUGCUCCUCGCCCCUCUGACGGGACAGCAGAAGAACAUCAGGAAUAUUUUGGGAAGACAUUGGAUGUAUCUUGUGCUUUGUGCAAUAAACAAAAUGAAACACAAACAAUGAACACAAUAAAAAGCCUAUUACGUCUCA